GUGGGAGCUCCUGUUGUCACACAAUCUCUCUUCUCUUGGCGGUGUCGUUUCCCCGCUAACCGGUUCAAGCUGUAGGAAGCUGCUAACAGCUGGAUAAACCUCCGAUUCACUUCCCGUCUGUCCCCGAAGGCAGCUGAACGGAGCCGUGAAUGAACCAGGCACCUCAAUGCGUCUCCCGUGGCCGCGAUGGCAGCAAAAGAAACGGAGGAUGCUGAAGCUGUUCGGAGCGCUGGUUGUCCUCGGACUGGCUCUGGCGUUCAUCACCUCUUGGGUGUUGGAUAGCUACGACACGGCUUGGCACCCUAAACGCAGCAUUCGGCACCCGAGUGCCAGUGAUGGAGACGGACCCAAAGGAAGCUCUCCACCAUUUCCCGGCGACGAGUCGAACAACAUUUUCUGGUUUGUACAGGUGUCGGACAUUCACAUCAGUCGCUUUCACGACCCAAAACGUAUCCCGGAUUUCGAGAAGUUCUGCACCCACACCAUCGACGUGAUCAAACCGGCUCUAGUGCUCGCAACAGGGGACCUGACAGAUGCCAAAACAGAAAGCAAGGUGGGUUCCCUCCAGCACGAGGUGGAAUGGCAGGCCUAUCAUAACAUCCUGAAGAAGUCGCGAGUCAUGGAGCGCACCAAGUGGAUCGAUAUCCGAGGAAAUCAUGAUGCCUUCAACAUUAUGUCUUUGGAUAGCGUCAACAAUUACUACAGAAAAUACUCAGCCAACCAGAAAGUAGGCUCUUUUCAUUAUGUUCACACGACCCCGUUUGGUAACUACUCCUUCGUCUGUGUGGACGCCACCCUGACUCCUGGACCCAAACGGCCGUACAAUUUCUUCGGGAUCCUCAAUCAGACUCAGAUGGACUUGCUGAACAAGUUCAGAGCAGAGAGUUUGAAGAGCAAUCAGUCCAUGUGGUUUGGACACUACACCACCUCCACCAUCGUCUCGCCGUCUCCCGGGGUCAGAGAAACGAUGAGAUCUGCCGUGGCGUAUCUGUGUGGCCACCUGCACACACUCGGCGGCCUGAUGCCAGUCCUCCACAGCCGCCAUCCGCACGGCACUCUGGAGCUGGAGCUGGGAGACUGGAUGGACAACCGCAGGUUCAGGGUCCUGGCCUUCGAUCAUGACCUGCUGAGUUUUUCGGACCUCCAGUUUGAGCGGUGGCCUGCAGUUCUCAUCACAAACCCUAAGGACGCGCAGUAUCUCCACCCAGGGGUGGAGCCGCUCGGCCGGAUACGGGGAUCAACGCACAUUAGGAUGCUGGCCUUCUCCGAGGCUCCGAUCACCGCGGUCCACGUCAGCAUCGACGGGGAGCCGCUGGGCACCGGCCGCGCCGUCCGAGGGCCCCUGUAUGUCCUGCUGUGGGAUCCGUCUCACUACCUCGCUGGGCUGCACACCAUUACAGUUAAAGUGGAGGACUCGGCGGGCCGGUCGGUGGUGCGGGAGCAGCACUUCACGCUGGAGGACACCCUCAGUCCCAGCUUCGGUUUUGCUCAGUCCUUCAUCCUGCUCACGGAUCACUACAUCCUGGGCCGAGCGCUCUUCAUCUUCACGGUGUUUCUGAAUGUUGCCGUGCUCGUCGCCUUCAGGUUCCUCCGCGUCUCUUCCAGCAGAGCAUUUUUUUCUCAAAUCUGUGUAUCUCUCCACCUGAUCAGCAAAAUGGACCUGUUCUACUACUCUCUGCUGAUGUUGAACCUGUGCACAGCUUUAGGUCCCUGGUUCAUCGGAGAGCUGAUCGACGGACACAGCGGCGCCUGCUUCGCCUUCGGCGUGUUCAUCGACGGCCAUUUCCUGGAAGGAAGUCUCACUUAUGUUGUUGGAGUCAUUCAACUGCUGUUCUUCAACAUUCCCCUCACCUCUUACCUCUGCUGGAGCUUUCACCACCGUUGCCACGGCAACACCCUGUGGUCCCACCUGGCGCGGCCGGGCCGGCGCGGCCGGACCGCGGCGGUGCACGUCUUCAUGCUGCUGCUGCUCACCUGGCAGGCCCACUCCUGCUACUUCCUCCUGCAGACGUACGGCGUCACGGCCUUCUUCCUGUCUCCCGUCCGCACGUGGGCCCUGGCGCUCGGCGUGGUCCUGGUCUACUGGGCCUGGACGGGCCCCGCCCCUCUGUUUCGCGACAGCGGCAAGAGCAACUCUUCCUCUUGACAGUAAAUUGCACUGUUGCACACUGAGCCUGACUCACAGAUACAUUUUGCUGUCUCUCCUCACCCUGAAAGCCCGACUUUCCCUCCUUCCUCCUCGUCCCCCCCGGAGACAGCUGUCUUUUUCCUCUCUCUCUCUCUCUUUCUCUCUGUCUCUCUCUCUCACUCUACAGGCCAACACCGAACUCUCCUGUUUCUAGAUAGUAUCGUUUAUUUAAUAUGCAUGUUCUUGUAAAGCACCGAUGAGCACAUUUGUGGCCAUAUUCAUAGCAAUCUGUACAGCGUUUUAAAGGAAAAUGGAUCUCAGAUGCAUAAAGGUCACAUGACACACUGCCUUGCAAAAGUAUUUAUUCGUCUUUUGUCACUUUAAAACCAUGAUGUUCAACAUAUUUAAUUGGGAUUUUAUCGGAUUUGUGUUGAAUCUUGCAGCGUUUAUACUUUAUCUUUUUAGGGAUGCGUUCACAAGUGAGCAGCAGUCACAUCUAGAAACUGAAAUGUUUCAACUGAGCUAUUCCCAGACUGAACGAAAAGCUAUUUUUAAGUCUUACUCCAAAUUUUCAGGUCUGACUUUAAUGCUAGACUUUGACUAGGUCAUUUAAGCAAAACCAUUUCAUUGCAGCUCUGUAUGUCUUAAAGCUGCUGACCUGCUGGAAGGUGAAUCUUUGCUCUUCUUUCAAGUCUUUUCCAGCCUUUUUGAGGUUUUUUACAAUUAUUGUGCUUCUUUUAAGGAAGGGAGUAUUAUCUCAUAUUAACAUUUCCAUAUUUUAUUCAGGAUUCCAUUUUCUAAAUGUUACCUCCUUUCUUCCAUUUGUCUGUUAUUUCCUUCUCGUUCUCCUUGUGCACUUACUUCUUCCUCUUUUUGUUCUUUUUCCUUCCUUGGCUGCUUCCUGUGGCUCUUCUCUUCGCUGUUUUCCUGCUUCUUGACCGACUUCCUUAAAGCUUGCCAGCUGAAUAAAUUCAUGAGAAUUUCUAGGGCUGCACAAUAUGCGUUUUAACUGUGAUACCAAUUCUGAAUGACACUUUUCUUUUUCUGAAUAUUGCGACGGCUGUGUCGAUCCACAAUUUCCACACUUUUCUGUGUAAGCUCUGCAAUCUCAGGCAGUGAUAAUGUGGGGAUCGAAAAUCGUAGUCAGUCAAAAAAAGAAAAAAAUCCUACUUGUGAAAUAUAUCAGUCAAGUGUUCUUAAGGUUUGCUAAAUUGCACAGUGACGUCGUGACGAUUUGAUCGAUGGUUCUGCUUUAACGAAUGUCUAACCUGGACAUUUUGACCUGAAUAUUUCAAAUGGAGCCCUCGAUUUUUCUUUCAAAAUCACCCCCUUCAUCUUUCCUACCUUUCCCGGAGAGAAGCCUCCCCACAGCAUGACGCUGCCUUCGCCAGUUCCUUUGUCUUCGCUCUACUUGCUCACUAACAAAUCUCUACCGAGAUUAAAUGACACCCUGUCAGCUCACGUAAAAUCCAAAUUACAUACAUCGAGGGUUGUGGUUUUAACCUGACGAAAUGUGGAGAAAAUUGAAGGGUCUGUAUUCGUUUUGCAAGACAGUGUGACUAGUAUUAUCUAUGAGAGAAAUAUUCCAACUUCUGCUGUGGUUGACGGUGUACUGUAUUCUGCUGUGGUUAAAGAUGGCUCAUUUACUUGAGAUUUAGCACUUUUUUUGGAUAUGUUGCCUUGGCCAAAACGCCACUUCACCACUGCCAAAGGAUGAUUAGGAAAGAUUAUUUUUUUCUCCCCCCUCUUUUAUUUUCUCCUCCAAGCCCGCGGUUUUGUUGGUGGAUGAAGGCUGGAGUUGCCAAACUGCUCCCAAAGUUUACCUUGGAACACAAAUCACACAGGAAGUAGAAGUGCAGCACUUUUUAAAAAUGUAUAUAUAGACGCCACUGGAUACGGCGAGUGAUAAAAGCAACCAAGACUUUCAUGUUCUUCCUUCAGUCCACACAGAAAAUCAAAUCGGCAUUCGGACUGUGUGAAGUUCCGUUUACAAUUUUAGCUGCAAACCAAGUCAGUUUCACUGCAAACAACUGCCAGCGAUGUUCACGUUUACGCCAGUUUUCUCCGAAACCCUGAACCCGACUUGAAUUUUUGUUUUUGCUCACAGCAAGCAGCCGUUUGUUUCUCAGGAAUGUGAACGCUUUAACAACACGCUGGUUCCGGAAGGUUUCUUUUUUUUUUUUUAUACUCCAAAACAGUUCAGUGAACAAAAACCCCAACAUAAAGCAAUCCCGAUGCGUUUUGGAUUUGAAAAGAAACUUAGAUGAAUGUGUUAAACGUGAUGAGAUCAAUUACUGUUUUAUGCUGUUUUUAUUUAUUCAUUUUGAUUGUAUAUUUUUUUUUUCUUUUUUACUUUGAAGAAAUGUGUUUCCUCUUGUAAUUAAUUGACUCUGAAAACGGGGUAUGUGGUAUUUCAGCUCUCUCCGGCCCCCAAACCUUGGGUUUGGCUCGGAAAGCUUUCCUCGUGUGUGAAAACCUCUUUUGUCCGUGUUUUCGAGAAUGUGUGCGAAAGCACGGAAAAUCUAUUUGUUGCACUGUCGUUCACACCUCUCUACUUCUAAUUGCUGAUGUAAAAAACGGCACAUAGGAACGCUUAGUUGGUUCGAAUCUCCGUGUAGGGGAAAACAUUCAAAGUUGCAGCCUUGAACAUUAAGACACGUUAUUGCCGAAACAGCUGCCAGACACUUACAAAAUAACUUAACGGUGCACUUCUUUCCUCUACAGUGACAUAAAUGUACAUUAAUCUUCUCUUUAUUGAUUUACGGGAGCCGUUUUCUCCUACAAUCCACUGUACCGUUCCAUCAUCUGUCCACGGGGUGGCAGUGUUGGACAAAUUUGGAUCACUUCAAACUCCUAAUGCAUGAUUGCUUCUUUUUUUUUUAAACUCUUCCCCAAAAACAAAAAGUGUCUCGCCACCAACAAUAAACAUAAACGUGCCCGGUUUGGAAUGCACGCCGACCGGACUCGGCGAGGAAACGCUGGCAUGGACUCCACCGCCUCAACGCAAAGUUGGGGGGGAAACAUACUGUAACCGACUGUGUGCUGGUGUUUGUGCCACCUCCUACCGCAACCCCUCCCCCGUGUUGGAGCACUGAUGCUUUGUGAAUGAAUGGAUGGUAAUUUUACACCUGCCACAUAUUUUUCUUGUGACAACUCGAUUUAGAACCACGAUAACUAUAUUUUAUUAUUGGUUUAUAGUGUUGUGGAAUAAAGAAAUGUGCAUUACGGUA